AUGCUGUAUGAGGCACUUUGCAGAUUUGGUCGAAAACUGGUACACAAACGUCCACUGGAUCAAGAAAUAUAUGAGUUCCAAUUUGGCAAAUGUAUGAGCACUCUGGAUUUAGUGGCCCUGGGUGUCGGCCGCACAGUGGGUGCAGGUAUAUAUAUCCUGGCUGGCGAUGUCGCUAGAGAUAAAGCAGGACCAGCCACUGUGAUCUGCUUUUUGGUGGCUGGUGUAACUUCUGUGUUGGCCGGGCUCUGCUAUGCAGAGUUUGGUGCCCGGGUUCCCCACUCUGGCUCUGCAUAUCUCUACACCUAUAUUGCUAUAGGAGAAGUCUGGGCUUUCCUCACUGGCUGGAACCUCAUCCUCUCCCUUGUUGCUGAUGCAGUCAUUGUUAUCCAGACCUGGACCUUAAUUUUUGACAACCUGUAUAGGAGCUGGAUCUCUCAAACCCUGCAUAAGAGCAUCUCACAGCAUGUUCCUCAGGUCUUUGCAGAUAAUGUAGGCUUCUUGGCUGUGAUCCUUGUAUUUUUGCUCAUAGAAUUUAACAAUAUGAAGAUUCGUCCAUUCUUCAUAGUUUUCAAAGUGUUCACUUUGGUGAAAGUUUUGGUUCUCAGUUUUGUCAUCAUCUCUGGCUUCAUAAAGGGGGACCUGCACAACUGGAAGCUCACAGAAGAGGACCACAUAACGGCUGGACUCAAUGAUACCUCUAGCUUGGGCCUUCUGGGCUCUGGAGGAUUCAUGCCAUUUGGCUUCGAGGGGAUUCUCCAUGGAUCAGCUACAUGCUUCUAUUUACUUAUAGGUUUCAGCAUUAUUGUUACCAGAGUCAAAGAGACACAGAAUCCCAAGCGUUCCAUCCCCAUGGGCAUUGUGAUUUCACUGCUCAUUUGCUUUUUGUUGUAUUUUGGUGUCUCUGUGGCACUUACGCUUAUGGUGCCUUACUAUAAGCUCCGACCCGGGAGCACCUUGCCUGAGGUAUUUCUCCAUAUUGGCUGGGCCCCUGCCUACUAUGCUGUAACUAUUGCAUUUAUCUGUAGUAUUUCUAUCAUCUUCUGGGGUAUUAUGUACUUCAUCCACCGGGUGAUAUACAUGAUGGCAAACGAUGGCCUCCUGUACCCUGUCCUUGCCAGGAUCCGUACUGGCACAUAUGCCCCCAUCAUAGCCAAUGUGAUCUUUGGCAUUAUUGCAGCAAUCAUGCUAUGUUUUAGACUCACUGAUCUUGUGAACCUCAGGUCAGUUGGGGCCCUGCUAGCUUACUCCCUGGUGGCUUUUUCUGUUCUCAUCCUCAGAUAUCAGCCUGAGAAGAAGAAUGGGGGAAAUGAAGCACAGGUGCAGGAGGAGAACAGACCUGCAGCAGAGAAGCUGACUCUACAUACACUAUUUUUUCCAGGCAUUUCCACCCCCACUCCACUCUCUGGCCAUAUUGCCUCUGUGUGCUCCUCACUGCUUGCUCUCCUGCUGACUCUUCUCUGUCUGGUGCUGGCCCGGUGGCCAAGUCUGCUUUCUGGAGACCCAGUGUGGAUCACAGUGGUUGUGCUGCUCCUGGUACUUAUCAUUGGGAUCACCGGAAUAAUCUGGAGACAGCCACAGAGCCCCCCUCCCCUUCACUUUCAGGUACCUGCUCUGCCUCUCCUCCCACUCCUGAGCAUCUUUCUGAAUGUUUACCUUAUGAUGCAGAUGAUAGCUGGCACCUGGUCUCUAUUUGGUGUCUGGAUGCUGAUUGGGUUUGCUAUCUACUUCAGCUAUGGGAUCCAGCACAGCCUGACUCCUUAA